AUGGAGCAGAUAACGAAGUACAUAAUCAUCGUUGCCUCACUUUUAACAGUGACCCCGUUAGUCACAGAGAGCAAAAACGACACGAAACCUAAAAUAGACAGACGCUAUUACCAAAUGCCAAUCUUCAUUAACGUGUGCGAUAUUAGCGAUCGUCGCUCAAAAGUGCAUUGCUACUGUGACAGUAACAAAUCAAAAUUGGCGACUAGAGCUGACUGCUGGAUAUUUAGCGGCGGACUCACUGAAGAUGAUCCGAUUUGGCUCAGUUUUUCCUCUCAGUCAGAAAUAGAACAUCUCAUUUUUAAUGUACGAAUCGAUGACGCAUUGACGUUCAUCCCAGCGAAGGCCAUAGUUAGACUAGACAAAUUAAAGUUUCUCUCCAUUCAAUUUGGAACUAUUAAACGACUCCCGCCCUACGCAUUCACGAACUCUUCAACAGUUCGACAGAUAGUACUGAAGUCAAAUAAAAUAUCUAAAUUGGAUAAACACUCGUUCUCCCAACUUAUGAUGCUUUCGAAUCUAAGUUUAGAAGACAAUAUGAUAUCUGAACUUAAGAGGGAUGUAUUCUUUAACCUACCCAACUUACAUGUAUUGCACUUGACGAACAAUAACCUAAGUUUGUUGCACGAAGGUUGUUUCAAACACUUGAACAACCUGAUAGAAUUAAGAUUGGAUAUGAAUUAUAUCUCGGUUCUGACUAAAGAAAUGUUGGAAGGGCUAGAGAAUCUAUCCAGAUUGAAUUUGAAGAACAAUAAACUGACAAUGGUCGGGAACCUGGCUUUCAGCGAAUUAUGGGGAUUAAAAGAAUUGAUGUUGGACAACAAUGCGAUUGAGUACAUAUCGGAACGCGCGUUCGGUGGACUGAUUCAGUUAAGAAAGUUGACGUUGUCGGGUAACAAGUUGACAUCGUUUUACGACGAUAUACUAGAGGAUAUAAGUAGUCUCAUCGUGCUGGAUUUGAGGGAUAAUCUGUUGACGACAAUGUCGUACGAAACUGUCAGGCCUGUUGUGGAAAACGAUAAGGCGCUCUCGUCAGUUGUUUAUUUAGAUGGUAAUCCUCUGAGUUGCAAUUGCCGUCUCUCCUGGAUUUAUACCCUUCGCAAUGAAACAAAAGACAACACACUCAGACGGGCUCUAGACAAAGUAACAUGUGUCGCUGAAAACAAUGAGAUUGAUAGAAGUUUAAACGAUCAAAUUGAUGAACAAGUAGAAAAUCCUGUUUCAACGAAUGAAAAUUACGACUAUUACGACAAAAAUGACGAAAAAGAAGAAACGGUCACAGAAACGAGAGGUAAAGCUAUUAAACUAUUAGAUUUACCGAUAGAAGAACUACCAUGCCCAAAAGAACUGAUGCGAUCUAUUGAAGAGUCAUAUGGUCACCCAAUUCAGAACGAAAUAAGGUUGAAGGCGUACUCAAAAGACGAUAGAAACUUACCACAUAUAAUCCUUAUCGUAAUGAUGAUGCUUAUCUAA